UUGACAGUUCCAAAGAUUUUGCAGCCGAGGCACAAGAAAGUGAAAGGUUUUAGUGGAAUAAUCAGCGAUUUCAGGACAUUUGUCCUUUUAACCUUUAAUGGUUGUGUUGCAACCAAGACAUGGACGAAGAUGAACGACAGAGGAAACUAGAUGCUGGAAGAGCAAAGCUUGCUAGCUUCCGACAGAAAAGGGCAAAAGGCCACGAUCAAGUCGCGCAGAAAAAGACGCAGAAGAGGAAGGGCCCGUCUCCAACGCAGAAUGACGGCCCAGCGCAAGGUCGCCCCCUAGGGAUGGACCUCCAGACAGACAGCAACGCCACACAGCAGGACCAUGUGUGUAACCAUGAGGAAUCACAAUGUUUUGGGGAGACAGAUCAGAGCCAUCUUCCAGAGGUCCAGUGGAGCCAGGGGCACUUGGAGCAACACCAUCCCCAGGAGGGAAGCCAUGCCCUGGGGAGGCAGGCGGUCAGUGGGCAUCCUGAGGAGAUGGAGGUUGUGGGAGAGGAGGUCCUAGUGGUUCGCACUGGAAAAGAUCAACUCAAGCAGUUACAGGCAGCAGUAGAGAAAUGUAAUGAGAUCAUCAGCAGACUGAGCUGUAACCUGCAGGAGGCGCUGGAGAGCAGAGACCAGGUACAGCAGGAGGCCUCCUCCCUCACUGGACAGAUACAGGCCCUGAAGAUGCAGCUACAGCAGACCUCUCAGUCCUUUCGCUCCAGGACCCAGUGGGGCUCGGAGCUCUCCCUAGCCCAGCGGCAGGCCUCCCGGCCUGGCCACAGCUCCCACGACCCUCCCUCACUCCCCAACCACCUGGAGGUCCCAGUAACAGAACCAGGGAACCAAAUACGCCCACUCAGAAUGGACCAUGAACAGACUGGAGCUGGGUGUGCGAGCCCAGAACAAUGUAUUGAUCCUGAGAUGGAUGUACCGAUGCACACAUUGAGGAGAGAGCUGCUAGAGGAGAGGGAGAAAAAACAGCUCAUUCUUUCCCAACUAGAAGAGGAGAGGAAAGGGAGGGAGGAGGAGAGGCGAGAGAUCCACCAGUACAAGGAGGAGAAGGAGGUGUUGAAUAGGGAAUUGCAGGAGCUAAGGAGGAGACUGGAGGAGGAGAGGGAGAGAAGGAACGAGAGGGAGGAUGAGCGAGAGAUCAGGGAAAGACAGGAAGAGGAGAAGACGAGACUUGGAGAGGUGCAGAGAGUCCGACAGCUGUUGGGGGAGAGAGGGAGAACGAGAGAGGAGUUGGGAUUCAAGGCUUCUAAAGACAAACUUAACCAGGCAAAGGCUAGUGUGGAGGAGGAUGGCGAGAGGGAGGAGGAGUGCCUUCUGGACCUGUCCCUCCCCACUGAUGGCACCCCAUUGUUGGAGUGCUACCUGUCCUCGGCCCUCCCCUCACACACACACUUGUCCUGGGCCAAUGAAACUCUGGAGGAGUGCAGCCUUCUGGAACAGCACAACCUGCUGGACAACUCUGGCAGCUACAGGUUUGAGAUGGACAGUGACAUCAUCAGCGGUGGUGACCAAUCCCAGCUGUCCUUUUCGCAGGAAGAACAAACUCACUUUUAUGUCCCACAAUCCACUGCACAGUCCCCCCACCCCGACCCUGAGAACGAAACCUUGCCCUCUUUCACCUCCCAGUGGCGGAACGACCCCCUCUCUGUCUCACGAGACGCCAGCGAGACCUCUGAGAGACUCAGUGAGACAUGGGAGAGUCAGGAGGUCUCAGACCUGGGCAAGGAGCUGCUCAUCCAGCAGUGUGGCGACCUCAGGGAGGAGGUGGCUCUGAGGGAGAGGGAGAAGGAGUUGGUGAUGGAGGAGUUGAGGAGGAGCGCUGAGGAGCUGGAGGAGGCCAGGGCCAGGUGGGCCCAGGUCUCCGAGGAGCUGCAGGAGGCGCACUGGGAGCUUGAGGAGGAGCGAGAGAAGAGGAGGAGAGCUGAGGAGGAGGUCAGCCUGAAAACACACGAGGAGGACAAUCUGAAGAACAGACUCUGCACCUUAACGGAGGAGAGAGAGAAAGAGAUGGAGAGACUCAACUCCUCUCCUCUCCUAGAGGAGGAGGGAGGUACCCUCCUCCCCAGCCAGGAACGAGUGAUGGAACAGCUAAAAGCGGAGAAAUCUCUCCUCCUCGCUCGUCUUAAACAGCAGGAAGAGCUGCUCUCCUCUGUCCGGUUGGAGAAAGGAAGCAACAAGGAGAAAGAGGGGGAGCUGAGGGAGGUGGAGGAGGAGAAGAAGAGUGUCCUCCUCUCCAGGUUGAAGCAGCAGGAGCAACUGGUCUCCUCUCUGCAGGAGGUGAAACAGGCAGGAGACUCUGUCUCCUCUGAAGUCCAGGCUCUGUUUGGACGACAGCUGCAGUCACUACAGACCCAUCGUGACCCGCUUCUAGCCCUGCUGGAAGAAACGAAAUCCAGGCACAAAACCACCACCACCCUCCUCGGUCAGAAAACCCUGGAGCUCGACACUGCUCAGAAAGAGAUGGACCGAGUCCAGAAGGAGGCGGAGACAGCGAGGCAGGAGGCGGAGGAGAGGGAGAGGAGGAUAGAGCAGACAGAGAGGGAGAAAACGGAGGUAGAGUUUGAGUUGCUGUGUCUGAGACAGAAUCUGUGGAACCUGGAGGAGCUGCAGGCCCAGGGAGCGAGGGAGAGGGAGGAGGGCAGAAGGAGAGAGGAGGAGAUGGACAGAACCAUGCGGAGGAUGGAGAAGGUGAUGGUGGAGGAGCUGGAGGAGUUCCAGAGACAGCUCCGAGCCAAGGCGGAAGAGGUGGAGGAGGAGAGGGAGAAGUGGGAGGAGGAGAGGCAGGAGAAGGACGAGGAGGUGCAGGGGGUGAGACGCCUGCUGGAGGAGCAGCGGAGGGAGAGGGAGCAGGAGGUGAAAGCACUCCUUGAGCAGCAGAUGCGGUCUGUGGAGGAGGCCACAGAGGGACUGAGAAGAUCUCACAGUGAGGAUGUGCAGGAGCUGCAGGAGAAACACCAGGAGGAGGUGUCUGAGCUGAGCGGCCGUCUGGAGAGAGAGCUGUGUGAGCAGAGACACAGUCUGGAGGAGGAGCAGAAGAGACAGAUCAGCCUUAUCAAACAGGUGAACGAGAGAGAAAACCAGAGGAUGCUGUCGGAGAUGAUGUCACAGCAGAGGGAGGAGCUUAGCCGUUUGGAGGCAGAGCUAUCAGGGGAACAGAGAGAGAGCGCUGCCUCCAGGCUAUCAGGGGAACAGAGAGAGAGCCUGGAGGCAGAGCUAUCAGGGGAACAGAGAGAGAGCCUGGAGGCAGAGCUAUCAGGGGAACAGAGAGAGAGCCUGGAGGCAGCCCACCAAGCAGAACUACUACAGAUACAGAGCCAACAGGCCCUGGAGCUGGAGGCGCUGCGUCUGAGCCUGACCAACCACCAAAUGACCCAGCUAGAGCUCUCCCAGGCCAACCUGCAGCGGGAGCGGGAGGCCUCUCUAAGCGAGCUCCAGGCUUCCCUCAGGGAGAAGUGGGCCCAGGAGAGGGCCGUGCUGCAGGCCAGACAGCAGUUUGAAGUGGAGAGGCUGAGAGCUGAGAGUGAGGAGAGGAUCCAGCGAGAGCAGCAGGAGUAUCACAGGAACAUGGAUGCUUUGAGGCAGGAGUGUGAGAGUCGUCUCUCCCAGGAGAGAGUGUCCAUGGAGGAGCGGCAGGCUGCAGAAAUAGUGGCCUUGAGGUCCCGGUGGCAGCAGGAGUCAGAGAAGGCCCAGUCAGAGCUCCAGACACAGCUGUCAGAGGCUCGGGUAGCACUCUCCUCUACCCAGGCAGCCUUCACCCAGACUGGUGCAGAUCUGUCCGAGGCCGGGGCUAGCCUGGAGGAGCUCCAGAGGCUGGAGGGGGAGCUGAGCCAAGCCUGGACCGACAGGGACGCUGCUGCCCGCGCAAUAGAGAAUCUGGUGUCCAGAUAUCAAGUGCUGCUGCAGGAGAGAGAGGAGAAAACACGGCAGCUACAGCAGGAGGUGUGUCGUCUGCAUGGGGAGCAGGUGACUCUGAGACAGACUUGUGACCAGGAGGUCUCUCAGCUCUGUGCUCAGCUAGACAACACGAGGACCAGCCGCCAGGAACUGGGAGAGUUGAAGGACCAGCUGCUCGCUCGUUCGUCGCGGGUGGAUGACAUCGGGCGUCUGAAGGCGGAGUUUAACGAGCAGAGGCGGGAGAUCAAUGAGCAGAACGAGGUCGAGCUUGAGAACCUGAAGAGGUACACGCGCACACACACACCUAUGCAGCUGAAUGUGAUCUACACACACCUAUACAGGUACUUUGAGCAGCGUCUGCGAGUAGCAGAGGAGAGCUACCGGGAGGAGAGAGCCCUGCUGCAGCUGAGACUGGUGGAGGGAGCCCUGGAGGACUCUGUACUCAAGACCCAGGAUGCUAGUUUCCUGUCUGAAAGGAGAGGGGAGGAGGAGAGGAACGAUGUUCUGGCUGAGAUCACACUGAAACUGGAGAAACACCAGGAGGCGUUUGACAAGCUGCGUAUCCAGUUGGAGGAGAGACACACUCAGGAACUGUCUAACCAACGGUCCUCUAUGGCCCUGUCCUACAGAGAGGAGCUGCUACAGGAGCUGAAGACUUGCCACGCCCUCGAGAUGGAACAACUCCGCGCCAAACUGUCAGACAGCCAUGUCAGAGAGCUGACGAGAGUGCGCCUGGAGGCUGCCAGACAGUUGGAGGUGGAGGUGGAGCAUAGGAUGUGGUGUCACUCUGAGGAGCUGCAGACCAGAAUGACCAUGAUCCAGAACCUGGAGAGACAACUGGCUGCCGUGGCUGACGCACACAACAUGGAGCUACGCUCACACACUAUGAAGCUGAAGCAGAGCUUUGCUGAGGAGCUGGGUGUGAAACUAGCAGAGGAACGUAAGGAGGAGAGGGAGCGAGUGAUGGAGGAGAUGACCUUGAGGAGAGCGGAGGAGGUGCGGAGGCUCAGACAGGAGGUCCAGGAGGAGGAGGAGGCACCAGUCUCUGCAAUGAGAGAGGAGCUGGAGAGAGGGAAUGCGGAGGAAAGGAGCGCUCUGGAGAAAGGGAUUGAGGAGGCGAGAGCGGCGCUCAGGAGUCUACAAGCCUCACUGGACAACGACCAGAACCCCCAAGCGGUGGCAGUGAGACAGAGACUAGAGUCCCAGUACGAAGCUGAGCUGGCCAGGGCCAAGUCCAACAUGGCUGCUGAGGUCAAGGAGCUGACUGCUCUCCUUCAGGAGCAGGGAGACCAGACGCUAAUCCAAGCCCAGGACAGGUUCCAGGAGGAGAGGGGGGAGUUGGAGCAACGUCUGGCCCAGCAGGGUGAGGUUUCUCUGGGGGAGCUGAGUAAGGAACACAUGGCCGCCAUGGAACUCCUGAAAACCACGCUACUGACCAACCAUACGAAGAACAUGGACACACUACGAACCAAUCACAAAGCAGAACUGGAGUCCUUGUUGGCCAAUCACAAGGCUGAGCUCAAAGCAAUGGCAACGGAGAUCGCAACAAAACACAAGGAGGAGCUUGUUGUCUUGGAAACCAGCCUUGAAUCAAAACGCAUGGCAGAGCUCGAUCGCCUGGAGGCAGUCCUACAGGAAACCAAUCAGGCUCAGCUAGAGGCACAGGAGGCGGAGUUAGAACACCGGCAUCAGGAAGAGAUGGAGGAGCUGGAGAAGAGGAUGCUGGGUAAUAUGGACACACUGGAGACCACGUACCUGAGGGAGAUCCAGACUCUGCGCUAUCAGAAGUCUGCGCUUGAGGCGGAGCAUAUGCAGGAAGUGGAGUGUGAUGGGUUGGAGCAGCAGUCCAUCAGGGAGGAGCUGAGGAAGAAGCUGGCUCAGCUUCACAUGGAGAAGUUUAGCGCCAUGGCAACAGAGCUCAGCCAAACCCACCAGAAUGAGUUGACAAUCCAGAAAGAGGCCUUAGAAACUGAACACCACAUGGCUCUGGAGAACCUCAGGAAAAAGGUCUUGGAGUUGGCGCAACAGCACUGCACCGCCUUAGAGGAGCUUUCACACACCUACACCUCAGAGACACAGCAACUCAACACACAGCAUCAGCAGCAGCUUCAGGAGCUAAAGAGGGCGUCUGCGAGAGAGCUACAGGCGUGUCGCCGGGAGCUGGAGGAGUCGUCGUCACGGCAACGGCUGCACUUCCUGGAAGAGGUUGAGCUUCUGAAGGCCCAAGCAGAGGAGAGACUUCAGCACAAGAUCAUCCAACUGAAGGUGGAGUUUGAGGAGCAGAAGGAGGCGGAGCUAGCAGAACAGAGGCAGAGCUUCAGGUCUGAGCAUGAGCAGAAGGAACAAAGUUACACCGACAAGAUGAGCCAGCUCACUGCACAACUGCUACAGCUGGACACCGUGGUCUCACAGCUGCGAGCGGAGGUGGGUAAUCUACAGGGGGAGCUGGAGGGGAAGAGAUCAGAGAUGGAGACCCUGGAUACACUCCUUCAACGGCGAGAACGAGAGAGUCAGGAGGGAGGCAACCUCCUCAACAUGCUUACUGAGGACCUACACACUGCCAAGGAGGAGAGGCACACUCUCCAGUCAGCCAAUGAGAGGCUGAGGAAGGUUCUGAUUGAGGUGGUUCUGAGCACCAUGGCAAUGGAGGAGCUAAUUGGCCGCCGGGUCAACGCCUGUGUCGGGGUCAGAGGUCAUGAUCAGGGUGAAAGGCCAGGAGAGGAAACAACCAAUCAGGAGACAGCAGACAUGUCGACAGGCGAUCUAGAUCUCUCUCAGCGUGUGUGUGAGAGCCUUCUACUGGUAGAGUCCCAAACAAACUCUGGAAGAGAGGAAGCAGCCCUGGGAGCCUGCAGCCAACUACGCCAUUCUGUGAACACACUCCUGGAGCUCCUCACACGCGCUAGCACACAGUUGGAGGAGUCUUGUUCUGUCCAUCUGUCUCUGGAAGAGAGAUUUUCCCAGGGCCGUUCAGACUCCUCCCAGAUGCUGCUCCAACACCAGAUCGUAUUGGAUCAGCUGGACCAGGAAGCGGGGAUAAAGAGCAAGCUCCAGCUGGAGCUCCACAAGGCUGAGGGUCUGUUGGAGGGCUAUGUGGCUGAGAAGGCAACUCUGGAAGAAUCUCUACAACAAAAGGAGGCUCAGGAAGAACGGCUUGUUGAGGAGCUGGAGGGCCUCCGGGCGCAGCUGCACCAGAUGGAUGGCCUCACGGCGGAGCUGGAGGGCCUCAGGGUGCAGCUGCACCAGAAGGAAGGCCUCACCUCUGAGCUGGAGGACCUCAGGGUGCAGUUACAGGAGCUCAGCGAGGAGCACAGUCUCCUCCAGCGCCAGAAGGUCCAUCUCACCGCCGGACUGGGAGAGAGAGAAAAGGGCCUCCUCGUUGAGGCAGAUCGUCUGGCCCAGGAGAGGCUGUGUGUGCAGCGGCAGGCGGAGAAAGACCGCAGCUCACUGUCUCUGCGCCUCAGGGCUCUGGAGACCGAGCUAGAGGACCAGGAGAACCAGGGCCUCACGGCGGAGCAGCAGCACAGGGCUCAAUCAGAGGACCUCCAGCAGCGCAUCCAGGCCCUCGAGAAACAGCUCAAACACAACAGGCAGUUUAUAGACGAGCAGGCAGUGGAGCGGGAGCAUGAGAGAGAUGAUUUCCAACAAGAGAUCAGAAGUCUGGAGGCUCAGCUCAGACAGCCAGCAAGACACACUGCUGGGGCCUGCAAGGGCCAGCGGAUUGAGGACUUGGUUCUGCAGGUGGAGAGCCUUCAAGCCCUCAUCAGGGACAAGACAGAAGACCACACCUCCCUGCUGGCAGCCAAUCAACAGGUCCAGCUCGAGGUUGCUGAGCGCAAUGAGGAGAUUGACAAGCUGGCUGGGCGAAUUAGGGAGCUGGAACAGGCGUUGCUAAGCAGCUCCGAGAGCAGCAGAGCUGUCAGUCAACUGGAGCAGGAGCUGCACAGAACUCGGCAGAGAGAAGAGGAGCUCACACAGGAUAAGGAGUCAUUGCUGCAGCAGCAGUUGUCAAAUCGUCUCCAGAUUUCAGCGCUGCAGUCUAAACUGGACGAGACCCGUCACUGUUACCAUGACAACAAUGCUAGCACCCCCUACCCCAUCCAGCUUCUCCGAGACACGUUGGACACCGCACAGCAAGACCUGCAGGACAAGGAGCAACAGGUGUGUGUGUUGGUUGGUCAAAUGGAGGAGACUCAGAGAGACCUGACCAUAAAAGAGGCGGAGUUAAAACACCUCACACUCCAGCUGGCGCUCCUGACCAAUCAGAACACAGAUACCAUCACCCAGCUUCACGACCAAGCCGCUUCUCUCAAAGAGACCGUUUCAGCCCUUACCUUUCGCCUGGAGGAGAGAGAGCUAGGAGAGGAGAAAGAGGAGGAGAGUCUCCCAUCUGCUCUGUUAGAGGAGAAGAAUGAUGAGAUAGACCACCUGACCCAGGAGAUACACAAGCUAGAACUGGAGCUGGACACAGCCAGGGACAUCACGGCGUUCCAGACAGAAGUUGAAGACCUGCGCUCCCAGGUGGAGCACCUCCGCUGUGACAUCAUCAGGUUGCGUCAGGACAAGCAGGAAGAGGAGGAGCGGCUUCACGAGGUCAUCAGCACGCUACAGGCGGAGCUAAACACCCUUGGCCCCGCCUACCACGAGGUCAGUGACCUAUCACAAGAGGGCGACAGUGUUAACCCUUCGGCUGCUCCCAGCCCGGAACCUGCCAACUACCCCCAACCAGAGAGUGGAGGACCGAGAGGAGGAAAGGGCGACAGUCUUAAGCAGGAGAUGCGUCUCCACUUCUCUUCUUGUUCUCUCCGUUCUCGUGUGGAGGCCCUGCAGGGGCAGCUGGAGAUGACGGUGGGAGAAAAGGAGGCGAUGGAGAGACUGCUGCUCUCUCAGGAGGAAGAGUACAGAGGACAGGGGGAGGAGAUGGGGAGGAGACUCAGGGAAGAGAGGGAGAGAGGGGAUGAGGUAAAGAGAGAACUCAUUCUAAAAGAGGCUGAGCUUGAAGAGGUGAGAGCCAGGAAAGAAGGGCUGGAGGAGGAGAGGGAUGCAGCUGUGGAGGAGAGUGGUCGCUGGCAGGCUCUUUUCAAGGAGACAAACUCCCUGCGAGGGGAGAAAACUCGGCUAGACUCCCUGGUCCUGGAGCUAAAAUCAAGGGUUGAAGAGCGGGAGAAAGAGACUGAAGCCCUUCUUCAGACUGUGGUGGCUGUCGAGACAGCGAAUGCAGAACUUUCGUCAGAACGCGAGGCCCUGCGGAUGAAGGAGUGCAGACUCCAAGAGGAAAUGGAACGCCUCCAGCAGGAAGUGACCUCUCAGAGGGCCUGCCUCCAGGAAGUCAGCUGUCAACUAGAGGAGAGGCGAGCCAACCAGGAGGAGGCUCAGAAGGAAGUGCUGACGUGUGCUGAGGAGACUCUGGCGAAGGCUGACGCUGCCCUGAGACAGAGGGAGGAGGAGCUACAGAGACUAGGGGUGGAGCAUCAAGCCCUGGGGGCAGAGUUGGCAGCUGUGAAGGAGGGUCUUUGCUCCAGCACAGAGAGAGCUGAGAAACUACUGGAGGAGGGACAGACCAAGGACCGGGCCCUGGCUGACCUGGAAACCAAUAACCAGCAUCUGAAGGCGGAGCUCCGGGGCCUACAGGAAGACCUGGCCGUGCAGCAAGAGGAGCUGGCCUAUCAGCAAGGAGAACUGCUGCAGCUCAGACAGACCUGCAACCCGCACAACAGACAGACACACUCAUUGAAGGACGUCACGCCCAGAGGAUUCCAGGACAGUGUGUCUCGCAACGAGUCCCUGAGUUCUCCCGAGGUUCUCCGUCGACUGGACUGUUCUGAGGAGAGAACCAGAGAGGACAGGUUCCACCCCUCUGUUCUCCACGGUUCUAGACUUUCUGACCUCAGUGCUUUAAACAGCACAGGCCUGGAGCUCCAGGCUAAAGCCUCCCCCAGGGGAAGGCAAGACCAGUCCUGCCAAGGGACAAUCAGCCCAGAGCUGGGCACACACAGCACCCACUCCCCUGGGUCCAUCUCUGCCUCGGACAACCUCUCCAUGUUGGACUCAAUGGACGCUGACAAGGUGCAUGAGCUGGAAGCCCUGGACCUGACGGCCCCUCCCUCAUCUCUUGGCUCCGCCUCUUCUCUGUCUGCAACGGAGUGGGCCAGUGAUGGAUAUGGCAGCAAUGUCAGUUCAGAGCUCGGUGUAAGACUCAAGGUAGAGUUGGAGCAGACAGAGAGGCUGGACGCUCAGUUCUUGGAGUACCUGCAUUGUCGAGGCAUGAACCCCGCAGCCAACACACACACAGGCAGCGCCGCCGGGAGUAUGAGCUACAACGACGAACUGUUGUCUCCUGAACUACAGGGUCUGUUGAAGAGAGUGUACCAGGAGAGCUGCAGGGUUCUUGCCCUCUCCCAGCAUAACGCCCCCUCUAAAUACCCCUCAUUGGACCCGGCGAUCUGUCAGUUAGACUCUAAAGCUCCUCCAAUGGGUUGGGAGCAGGAGAAGAGGGCAUUACAGGAAACUGUCAUCGCUCUGAGAGAACUGCUCUGUCGGAUGGCACAGAGACCGGAGAACUCGGUGGAUGCUGGUUGGAGCAGAGGGCUGGAGGCUGCAGUAAGGGGUGUGUUUGACUGUGAGAGGGCAGGGCUUCGCUCUGAGCUGCAGGCCUUUCUCUCCUCCCACCCUGAGAUAGACUCCAUCCACCUCCUCCGUCAGCUGGGAACACUGCUACAGAGACAGGAGGAGCAGCAGCGUGUUGUGGUGGAGCGUCUGCUCUCUGCAGACAGACACGGUCUGCAGCUGCAGCACUCCCAGGGGGAGGAGUCAUCUAAAAGGGAGGUGUUAUCCAGGCUGAGGGCGGAACUAGAGGAGAGCAGAGAACGACUUAACUCCUCCCACAGCACCCAGCAGGAACUACAAAACGAGAUCCGCAAACUCAGGCUGUGUAUAGAGGACUGUGAGGAGGCUGUAAGGAGGGAGGAGACCAGAGUCCAGGAGCUACAGCAGGAGCUGGACCAGGAGAGAACUCACACACACCUCCGGGAGAAGGAAGAGGAGCAGCAGAGAUCAGAGGUCGUGACCCUGAGGGGUCAGCUGGACCAGGAGAGGACGACCUGUAGUAACCUCCGACAGGAACUCCAGAUAGAAAUCUCCCGCGGCCACCUCCUCCAAUCACAGCUCGACACACGGCUAGCCGAUGCCCACAAGGAGCUGGAGGAGGAGCGUGCCCGUUCCGCCCGGCAACUCGACACUUUCCAGUCACAGGAAAAGAAUCGGCUGGAACACUUCCUGAAAGAGGCUGAGUCCCGCCUAGCCGACGCCCACGUGAAGGAACUGGAGGAGGAACGGGAGCGCUCCGCCCGGCGUCUCGAUGACAUCACACUCAGACAAGAAGCGGACGCGUCCCGAGACAGGAAGUUCAUCUCAGAGCUCCGCUCUCAACUGGAGCAGGAGAAGAGGCAGGGGGAGGAGCUAGCCACCGUGACAGACGGGCUGAGGGCGGAACUUCUGCAGAAACGGAGGAGAGUAGAGGAGGAAGAGAGGAAGAGGAGAGAGGAGGCACAGAGAGAUCAGGAUGCUGCAGCCUGCCUCCGAGUUACUAUGGAGACACUCAAGGAGCAGAAGCAGGAGGCUAGUCGAGCAUUGGAGACGGAGAGAGAGCGUUCUGGUCGCUUAGGGGUGGAGCUCAAUGUGCUGAGGGAGAGGCUUCGAUCGGUCAAUGAUGAGGAGAGGGAGCGGGAGCAACAGAGGGAGAGGAGGAGGAGGAGGGAGAGACAGGAGCAGACGGUGAGGGAGAGGCGACACGAGAGAACCAGCAACAAACUGUGUGAAUUGGAGUUAUUGCGGCAGCAGGACCAGCAGAGGAUGAGAGAUCUCCAGCAGACUCUGGCUGAGCUAGAGAGGGAGGAGAGGGAGAUGGCCACAGAGAGACUGUCCAACCGACACCAGCACAACUCCAGCCCACUCCAACCCAAGAAUAACACCUCGACUGGGCCAGACCAGACCAGCACAGCCCUAUACAACCACCAGUCUUCCUCGGCACUGCGGGAGAGUUUGUCGAGGGAGAACUCUGACCUGUCGGCCCGCGUGAAGGAGCUGAGUCAGGAGAGGGUUAACCUGAAACACACCCUGUCCUGUCUGGAACGACAGCUACGACAGGCAGAGACUGACAACCGACCCAGCACUGACCUCAGCAACAGCAAGUUCCAGCAACUGUAUGAGCGCUAUCUACGGGCUGAGAGCUUUAGGAAGUCUCUGGUCUACCAGAAGCGCUACCUCCUGCUGCUGCUGGGGGGUUUUCAGGACUGUGAACAGGCAACUCUCUGUCUUAUCGCUCAGAUGGGGGCGCACCCCUCGCCCCCCCACGCCCACACACACUCUCCCCUCUCACGCUUCAGAGCUGCAGUACGAGCUGUCAUCGCCAUCUCACGACUGAAGUUCCUGACCAGGAAGUGGCAGAGAGUCGUCAGGAGAGGAGUUACAACAACUGUCACUGUCAACGGACACAGCACAGCUUCCAGGACUGAGGUUUUGAGGCAGCAACAGCCACUGGCCAAUCACAACUCCUCUCCACCUACUAGAGACAGCAGCCCCACCCGUAAGGGUGUGGUCUCACCAAUGAAAUCACCCUUCAGGCUGCAAAACCGGGUACUGCUCCUUCCAACAGUGUACUCCAACCCGGCCCUGUCCUCUGAGUGUGCUCCGUCCAGUGUUCUGUCCCAGGAUGCCGAGCGGUCUCUGACAGACUACAUCCACCACCUGGAGAACGUACAGCAACGCCUGGGGGCUGCACGUCCAGACUCCAUCUCUUCUCUCCUACCACAAGAAGUCUGACUGCUGAAACUAUGUAUGAAUGCCUCCUUUCAAUGCAACAUAUUUAUGAUCCAUCUUUGUGUUCAACUAUACAAGGGAAUGUAUUUGUCUAAUAUCUGAUUUAGAAAGUUAGAAUUUUUUUUAAGACAAAUGUAUUUUUUUACAAUUACUUUUUUUCUACAGAUACUGUCGGCCUCCGAGUAAAUCCUAAGAGGUCUUCUAACCCGAAUGCAUGUGUUUUUGAAAGUAUUAGAUCGAUAUUUUUCUACCUGACUUUUAUUCAAGUUUGUAUCUCUGAUUCUGUAUAUAUGUUCGCUGUUGUUAAUAUUUGUUAGUUUCACAUGUGGAUAAAUGUGUCAAGUUUCACACUGGAAUUCUGAGCUAUAGAUCAAAGCUGGUGAACAUGUUUUGUCAAUGAUUUUUUUUUUUUAUAGAUCACCAUUUCUACAAAAUCAAUAAAUAUUUGAAUUGUGUGAUUA